ACAGAGUUUUAUUUUGAAAUAGGACUUUUGUCUUUUGUGGCGCUUCCAUUUCCGGAAUCGAUGGCGCCGACUCCGCCGCCGUUUGUCUCCGCGGGUGAAAGAGUUAGUCGUGAACUCUGAAGGUAAAAUGUCAGGAAACUCCGUGUUUUAUUUAGAAACUAAGUCCAUCAUGGAGACGGCGAUAACGACGGCUGCCGAUGUUUUCCGAAAUCCUGAAGGAGAAGUUUCCGCAAACGGUCCAAAUGUAAGUCGUGAGCCAGAUUUUGUAAUUGUUGUGGAAAUGUUGGCACGGGAGGCGACGAGAAAGGUCAACGCCAUUUUCUCCCAGCUGUCCUCACUGCUGCACAACGAAAACAAGACUCUGAAGGCCAAAGUGGGACAGCUGGAGAGCGAGCUGAAGACCAUGACUGAAAACUUUGAAAACGCCAGACUGUGGAGGGAAAACGUCCUGAAUGGCUGCCCGGUCCUGUUCGAGCAGACUGGGUUGAUUUUCACACUGAAGCCUUUUGGGAAGUUAAAGAGAAAAACGGAGAAAGUGACAGAUGGUGUCAGCAAAUCAUCGCCUGCUGCCGGGGUCCAGAGUGGACGUGAUGCUGAUGAUGGAGCUGAAGCUGUGUCCUCCCCAUCAACUACACAAGAGGACUGUACCGCGACGAACACGACAGAGUCCAGGAGCUGUGACAGCCGGAACACACAGGAAGCGGGAGUGAAGGAGAAACGGAGGGUGUUUGCAUGUGACGUCUGUAACAAGAGCUUCAGUCGGCAGUUUCAUCUGAUGAAGCACAUGAACACUCACAGAGAACAGAGGCCUUUCGCCUGCAGCCAGUGUCCACGAAAAUUCAGAAAUACGGCAACUUUUGAGUAUCACCUGCUGCGACACGAGGAGAAGAAGCUCGCGACCUUCAAGUGCCAGCUCUGUGAGAAGACCUUCAAAACAAAAAUGCACCUGAAGACUCACCAGCUCGUGCACACAGACACGAGGCCGUUCGUCUGCUCCACCUGUGGGAAGGGCUUCAAGACUAAACACAACCUGCAGGCUCACCAGGUCGUCCACGCCACUGACAAGCCGCACAGGUGCUCAGAGUGCGGGGAGAGUUUCCGGUACGCCUUCACCCUGCAGUGCCAUAAAAGCAUUCACACUGGAGGUCAUCCCUACAAAUGCACAGAGUGUGGCAAGGCUUUCAUAAAGAGGCGGUCACUGAGGACGCACCAGUCUGUUCACAGAGGGAAGACGUUUACGUGUGAGACAUGUGGAGCAGGUUUCACGCUUCGGCACAACCUGAAGAGACACAUUCGCAUUCACACCGGCGAAAAACCGUUCAAAUGCAAAGUCUGCGGGAAAAGUUUCAUUCAGGACAACAAGCUGAAAGCGCACAUGCUUCUUCACGGUGCUUCAAAGUCCUUCAUGUGCGACAUGUGCGGAAAAACCUUUCUGUACAACUGCCAGCUGCAGAAACACCAGAAGCUAACUCACGAUGAAAGACACGGGCAGGUGACCAGAGGACGAACCCGGGAGCGAGGAAACCGCACGGUUAUCUACCGACGGGACAGGACGACGGUGGAUGUGACGCCGCUCAGCUGCAAGACCUGCCGCAAGAGCUUCGACACCGCGAGCUCACUCAAAAGACACGAGCUGAUCCACACAGCUCAGACACAGUACACCUGUCACACGUGUGAGAAAUCGUUUUUCUACAAAGCCACGUACGACUACCAUCAGCGGAUCCACUCGGGGGAACGGCCGUUCGGUUGUGACAUAUGUGGGAAGAGGUUCAUCAUCCGCCAGGCUCUGAAGUCCCACGAGCUGCAGCACUCUGGAGAGAAACCGCAUAAAUGUGAGCAGUGCGGCAAGGCCUUCAGGAUCUACACCAACUACCUCAGACACACACGGAUCCACACCGGGGAGAAGCCGUAUGAGUGUGAGGUCUGCGGAGUGAGGUUCAGGCAGCUCGGACACGUUAAGUUUCACAUGCAGGUCCACACAGGAGAAAGGCCGUACUCCUGCAGCAGCUGUGGACUCGGAUUUUCAGAUUCAAGGCUGCUCAAGAAACAUAACUGCACUGAAAAAUAUCAGAAAGCAUAAAGAAAAUGUUUUCUUGGUCAUUAUGAGAGUUGUAACUAAACUCUGCCAUUAAACUACAAGAAUAAUUUACACGUUUCAGGAGUCUUCUCAUUAAUAAUAUUAAUGAAGUGUCCUCAACUGAAGAUACAGCCGAUAUAUAACCCCAGAAAUUCUGCAUUUAAAUAAAGAUUGC